AUGGCCUCUCUCACUUUCCCCUCCUUCCUUCGCACGUCCACGCGCUCACUGCGACGGAGCGCCAAUCUCCCCGCAUUCGCCCCGGGUUUCGCGCGCAACCUGUCAACCAAGCACCCAGCGGGCUUUGAACCCCCAACCGAAGAUGAUUUGCUAGAGCUGCGCGAGCGCGUUCAAGAGUUUACACGGAGAGAGAUUUCGGCCGAGGUUGCCGCACGGACAGAUGAAUUGAAUGAGUUUCCUGCGGAUAUGUGGAAGAAGUUGGGUGAUGCUGGUUUCCUUGGAAUCACUGCCAACGAGGAAUAUGGUGGUUUGGGAAUGGGCUACCAGGCCCACUGCGUUGUGAUGGAGGAAAUCAGCCGUGCAUCUGGAAGUAUCGGUCUCUCCUACGCCGCCCACUCUCAACUCUGCGUCAACCAACUAUCGUUGAAUGGCUCCGCCGAACAAAAGGAACGAUUCUUGCCCGGUCUUCUCUCCGGUGACAAGGUCGGUGCCCUUGCCAUGUCUGAGCAUUCGGCUGGCUCCGAUGUGGUCAGCAUGAAGACCACCGCGAAGGAGGUUGAUGGUGGCUGGGUACUGAACGGAACCAAGAUGUGGAUCACUAACGGCCCCGAUGCAGACUUCAUCGUCGUCUAUGCCAAGACCGAGCCCGAGAAGGGUUCCAAGGGUAUCACUGCGUUUGUCGUCGAGAAGUCUUUCAAGGGCUUUUCGUGUGCUCGCAAGUUAGAUAAGCUUGGCAUGCGCGGUUCCAACACCGGCGAGCUGGUCUUCGAAGAUGUCUUUGUCCCACGGGAGAAUCUUCUUGGAGAGGUGAACAAGGGUGUCAAGGUUCUAAUGGAAGGCCUGGACCUGGAGAGACUCGUCCUGAGUGCCGGACCCCUUGGUAUUAUGCAAGCAUGCCUUGACCUCGUCCUUCCAUACACCCACAUCCGAAAGCAAUUCGGCACUCCCAUCGCCCACAACCAACUAAUCCAGGGCAAGCUGGCCGAUAUGUAUACAAAGCUCGCUGCCUCACGGGCAUACACUUACGCCACUGCGCGUGAAGUCGACAACGGUGCAGUAUCGCCCAACCCACUGGUCAUCCGGACUCAGGACUGCGCUGGCGCGAUUCUGUAUGCCGCUGAACGCGCUACUGAGUGCUCACUAGACGCAAUCCAGCUGAUGGGUGGAAAUGGGUAUAUCAAUGAGAUUUCGGCUGGGCGAUUGCUCCGGGAUGCAAAGCUGUAUGAGAUUGGGGCUGGUACGAGUGAGAUUCGUCGGAUGGUUAUUGGGCGUGCAUUUAAUAAGGAGUAUGCUGCUUAG